GUACAUAAUGGCAGCCAGUCGCGCAGCCAGUGCUGGUCCAUUCCUUCACUGUACUGCUUGGUUCUCUUCUUCUGUAGACCAGGAGACCAUUAGACUAUGGAAGCAAUACGGUGGAGCCUGUUCUGACUGCAGUACUGCCCAGUAUCUCUUUGGGACUGGACCUGAUGAUAGAGACGUGAUACAAGUCUACAGUAACAGUUUUGGAAUAGCUGUAUUCAAAUCAGAGUGGAUUCAUCAGGUGAUAGAGUCCAAUAAAGACAAGGGACACACUAACAUAGCUCAGUUCCUCAUAAUACCAUCACCAAAGGAAGAGGAGGGUGCUCCAGAACCAGCUGUGUUUGGUAAUCCUGAGUUAUUCAAAUCUGCUCAUUACGUGAAGAAGAAACAAAAGACUAUCAACCAACCACUUUACAUAACCAUUGACCCAAAGGCCACAGGAACAAGACUGAGACAUGUUAAUGACAUUGGAGCUGGUGCUAAAAGUGUUCGAUUUUUGGACUUUGGGGAAGCAAAACAUAUCAUGCUGCGUAGAAAGAAGAUAAAUGAAGACAAAUCGUGAAAUAAAACUAACACAACAAUCAUAAGAAAAA